UCUCUCGUCGCCGCGGCGGCGAGCGUCGGGAACGCGACCUGCUGCGGCAGGUGAGGCGGCAGGUGCGCACGCCGGACGGCGAGCGAGAGGGCGAGAAAGCUGGAGGAGGAGGAGGAGGAGGAGGAGGAAGAGGGAUGAGGGCGAGAGCGACGGCUCGAUUCAGGCUGCAGGUGCCUCGUUUGGCUCUCCGACACCGUCUGAGCGUGCUCAGUGGCGGUGUGUCUCGACCCGCCCCUUGGCGUCGGCGGCCGAUCUCCUUCCUGUGCUACGUGCUGUCAGUGAGCACUCUGCGGCCGCUGGCCAAACGGGUGGCGCUGUACCGCUCCUUCCCGACGCGCCUCCUCUCUCGUGCCUGGGGUCGUCUGAAUGGCGUGGAGCUCCCCACGUGGCUCCGCAAGCCGGUCUACUCGCUCUACAUCUGGACCUUCGGGGUCAACAUGCAGGAGGCGGCGGUGGAAGAUUUACAUCACUACAGAAACCUCGGAGAGUUCUUCCGCCGACGCCUCAAACCUGCAGUCAGACCACUCUGCGCCUCCUCCUGUCUGAUCUCUCCGGCUGACGGGAGGAUCCUCCACUUUGGAAAAGUGAAGAACUCGGAGGUGGAGCAGGUAAAGGGGGUCACCUACAGUCUGGAGAACUUCCUGGGUCCACAGAGGAAGCGGGGCAAUGACUCGUCGUCCUUUAAGGACCUGCUGCUGUCGAAUCCUGAUAACGACUUGUUCCACGUGGUGGUGUACCUGGCUCCAGGUGACUAUCACUGCUUCCACUCGCCCACAGACUGGAGGGUGGAGCUUCGCCGUCACUUCCCAGGCUCGUUAAUGUCCGUGAAUCCAGGCGUGGCCCGAUUGGUCAAAGAGCUCUUCUGUCUUAACGAGCGGGUGGUGCUCACCGGCCAAUGGCAGCACGGCUUCUUCUCGUUAACGGCGGUCGGCGCCACAAACGUCGGCUCCAUCAAGAUUAACUUCGACCAGGAGCUUCAGACAAAUGCUCCUCGCUACAGGAAAGGCUCCUUCUAUGACCGCAGCUACGUAGCCCCUGACGACCAGGUGUUGGUGGGGGCCGGUGAAGGGGGCGUGGCCCUGCAGCUGGGUGCAGGUGAAGGGGGCGUGGCCCUGCAGCGUGGCGUGGCGGUUGGGGAGUUUAACCUGGGCUCCACCAUUGUGCUGUUGUUCGAGGCGCCAAGAGACUUCAGCUUCAGCCUGCAGUCGGGACAGAGAAUCAGAGUGGGCGAGGGUCUCGGCAGUCUCUGAUUGGCCCAGCUGGUCACCUGACGACCCUAAGACUUGCAGGCAUUGUGGGUAACCUUGUGUGGAGGACUGCAGCUCCCAGAAUGCCUUGUGCCAAACCUUUCUCCUGUCGACAAACUGAACCAACAAACAAACAAACUUGCAUAAUUUAACCGACCAGUACAACGCUCCUCCGUCCACUGUGUGACUUUUGCUUUUUCUUUGAACCAAUCAGAGCUGCUCGCAUCACACAGUACCUACAGCUGAAGCAGCUGAUUGGCCCAAUUAAACGAUGAUGUUAUUAUGUUAUGAAAUAACUCUGCUGAUGGUCGCUCUGUUUUUGUAAAUUAUGGAAAUGUCAAUAAAGAUUUCUUUCUCAUAAAAA